UUCAAGUUCCUAAUACUUCAGAUUGAAAUGUUCGGUUUUGUCGUGCAACAUCGCAGGUAAAGCCAUGAAUAUCGAGGAGGUGAAAAGCACGACGAAGACUCAGCGCGUUGCGUCUCACAGCCACGUGAAAGGUCUCGGGCUAGACGAAGCCGGCUAUGCUAAGCAGACCGCGUCCGGCCUUGUGGGCCAGGAGAGCGCCAGAGAGGCUUGUGGAAUCAUUGUAGAGCUGAUUCGUUUGAAGAAGAUGGCAGGCCGAGCUGUCUUACUGGCAGGACCACCUGGAACUGGAAAGACUGCUUUAGCGUUGGCCAUGGCACAGGAGUUGGGGAACAAGGUGCCAUUCUGCCCAAUUGUGGGUAGUGAAGUGUAUUCUUCUGAGAUCAAGAAGACAGAGGUGCUGAUGGAGAACUUCAGGAGAGCUAUUGGGCUGCGAAUUAAGGAGACUAAGGAAGUGUAUGAAGGUGAGGUGACCGAGCUGACCCUGUGUGAGACGGAGAAUCCAAUGGGUGGUUAUGGCAAAACUGUCAGUCAUGUCAUAAUCGGCCUAAAGACAGCAAAGGGCACCAAACAGCUGAAGCUGGAUCCCAGUAUCUACGAGAGCCUGCAGAAGGAGAGGGUGGAGGUUGGUGAUGUCAUCUACAUUGAAGCAAACAGUGGAGCUGUAAAGAGACAAGGGCGCUGUGACACCUUUGCAACAGAGUUUGAUUUGGAGGCAGAAGAAUAUGUUCCACUGCCUAAAGGAGAUGUGCACAAGAAGAAAGAGAUUAUUCAAGAUGUUACGCUACACGACCUGGAUGUGGCUAAUGCACGUCCUCAGGGAGGUCAGGACAUUCUUUCUAUGAUGGGUCAGCUAAUGAAACCUAGGAAGACUGAGAUUACAGAUAAGCUAAGAGGAGAAAUCAACAAGGUGGUAAACAAGUACAUAGAUCAAGGGGUGGCGGAACUCGUGCCUGGAGUUCUGUUUAUUGAUGAAGUUCACAUGCUGGAUAUCGAGUGUUUCACUUACCUGCACCGAGCUCUGGAAAGCUCAAUCUCCCCAAUCGUAGUGUUUGCUUCCAACAGAGGAAACUGUCUCAUCAGAGGGACGGAGGACAUUAUCUCUCCUCAUGGAAUACCUCCCGAUCUGCUGGAUCGAGUUAUGAUCAUCAGAACUAUGCUGUAUACGCCACAAGAAAUUAAACAGAUUAUUAAGAUACGGGCUCAGACUGAAAGCAUAAACAUCAGCGAGGAGGCUUUAACUCACCUGGGAGAGAUCGGUACUAAGACCACCCUCAGGUAUGCUAUGCAGCUUUUAACACCCGCCAGACAGCUGGCCCGCGUUCAAGGGAAAGAAGUGGUAGAAAGUGAACAAGUGGAAGAAAUUAACGAGCUGUUCUACGACGCCAAGUCUUCGGCAAAGAUUCUUCAGGACCAACACACCAAGUUCAUGAAGUAACUCGCUCUCAUUCAACACUCAGUUGUUUUCUGCUCCCAUCAUACAGGUCAGCAUUUAAACUCUUCAGGCUAAAUGAUGUGCAAGAGAGUAAAGCUACAACAUCCACCGUGCAUCUUAAAAAUGAUCAUACAUGAGAAAUUGCUUAGUAAGCAUUUCUUUGAAGGAGUUUUUCUUUACCCAACCAGUGUGUUAAUAGUCUAUUGCUGAUCGUUUUGCUGGGAUUGCCAGAAUGUUGUUUUUUUUUUUUUUUUUGGUUUUUUUUCGAUUUUUUUACAAACUGUAAUGUUCUAAUUUUCCAAGAAAAAUAAAUUUUAAAAAUUGCAAUAA